GAUCGGAUUUGUGUACCCAAUGAGUUAACUGGUUGAUAGAACUUGGAUCCAACAAAUUAUAUUACGAAUGUUCUUUAUUUUUUCUUAAUAAAUUGGACUUGCAAGAGACAACGAAUAUUGGUGUCUUAACUUAUAUGGACAAUGAGAAAAAUAUUAUUUUGUUUUGUUAGUGAAUUAGAGGUGAGGUGUUGUACAUGUUCGGGUUAUGAAUAAUAAUCAUAUGUAUGCGUUCACUUUUAGUGUUGAAUUCGCUUAUCAUAUGAAUAUGCAAUAGCUCUAUGUAGUAGUUAAUUCAUUGUAUAUUUCAUGAUCCAAGUCAAAGUUGUGCUCGAUCGAUAACCUUCUAACUCUCUUCCUCACUCACAACAAGUUGAAUGUUAUUAUUCAAUGAUUUUUUAAAAUGUUACAUGUUUUCUCCAAGAGUUUUUAUUAUAUGAGUCAUGAUUAGGCGUAGUUUUCCUAUUUAUGCAUUCUUCACUCAAUAUAUGUUCAUUCCCCCAUUUUACCGAUGAAUGGUAACUAUUCUAUUCCUUCAUUUUAUUGUUCUCGAUUAACUAUUAAUCGUAAAAUUCGAAUCAGACUUCGGUUAGCUUGCAUGACCAUAACCAAAUUUUCUGCCCUAUAACCAAAUACUCCCUGCGGCGUAGCCACGGGUAUUGAUUCUAGUAUCAUUGAUUUGGAUCAACCACUUCUCGAUACUGUCAUUGUCAUUUGCUUUCCUUUAGAGGUACAUGAAUUUCAAUCGUAAUCUUGGUGUUUCUGCAGGACGUUUUUGUAGGUGGCACCGAAACUUCCUCCACGACGGUUGAAUGGGCAAUGUGCGAAUUGCUCAGAGACGCAAAAUCGAUGAAAAAAGCACAAUCUGAGGUAAGACAAGCGUUUGGCUCGACUGGAAUCGUAGAAGAAGCUCGUCUCGGCGAAUUGAAGUACAUGAAAAUGGUGCUGAAAGAAGCGUUGAGGCUUCGUCCGACCGCACCGCUGCUGCUUCCCAGGCAGAACUCCGAGGGAUGUGAAAUUGAUGGGUACUAUGUUCCUGCGAAUACUAGAGUGCUCUUCAACGUAUGGGCCAUGGGAAGGGAUCCCAAGUAUUGGGUGCGGCCCGACGAGUUCGAUCCCGACAGGUUCGUCGAUUCGUCGGUCGAUUAUAAAGGGGCGAAUUACGAGUUCAUUCCUUUCGGAGCGGGAAGAAGGAUGUGUCCUGGUAUGGCGUUCGGGAUGGCGAAUGUCGAGUUUCAGCUGGCUAAUUUGUUGUACCAUUUCGACUGGGAGAUGCCUGGAGAAAACGGGGGGGAGCUUUGAAGAUCUGGACAUGUCUGAAAAAUUUGGUGUGAAUGUGAAAAGGAAACAUGAUCUGUGUUUAAUCCCUGUUCCUUACUUACCCUGCCUUGUAACUGCAUAAACUACCCAUUGAUUUGAUAUGAAGCAUUCAUCUAAUUCGUGUUGUAUCGUUUUGUUUGAUUCGUACAAUAAAAAAAAUCUAAUAUAUAUUUGGCUUUCUAUAUGUAUUCUUGUCUAUAAUAAGAGGAUACAUUAAUU